CUUCAGCCGAAGCUUGCUUUGGUUUAUUUUUCGGUUCAUGCGUUUGUACUUCGGUUUCUAAAUGUUUGAGUGACCAGUAAAUGAGUCCGCAAUCAGACUAAUGGAGGAAAUAAACGGCAGAAUGUGGGUAAAAGUUGGAUUUUUAAUUUAAAAAAAUCACACCAGCUUCAGGAUUUUCCCCCUCUCAGCCCCUUCAUAAACACACACUUUCAUUGCGGCCGUAAUAAAAGCAGAUUUCUCUUUUUCAGAGCUGCGGAUCCGCUGAAACAAACCCCCAACAAGCCGAGCAGAGCCCGAGCCUCUGAGCCUCUGAGCUGCUCUGAGGACCCGCAGCUCGGCCCACCUGUUCUCUGCUCCAUGGAGCUGUGGAUGGGACUUCUCCUCACAUCCCUGCUAAUGAAGGAAUCAGCGGCUCACACUCUGACCAAUGCUGGGCUGAAUGAGCGGCUGGAGGCCUCUGAGGGGAACCUGGAGCCGGAUGGAGAAGCUGCAGGUCUGAGGGGCAAACAUUAAAACCGUGGAGCUGCUCGGGUCAGUGAACGCACCACUGCGCUUAAACUGACGUGUUUUUAUUGUUUAAUGAUUGUGUUCGCAGUGAAAUGCGCCUUUAAUCCAGAUGCAGGAGCCUCCAGACUUCCACGGGCUUCAUUCUGGAGGCUCCUCUUCUGCUCCUCCAUUGGUCCCGGCUCUCCGUCUCGCCGUCUCUCCUCGCUUGUGAUUGGCCGCCGGGGUUUGACAGAAGCAGCGGAUCCGCCCCCUGUGCGCCCGAAAAAAACUCCUCCAGAAGUGAGUAUCAAUCAGAGAGAAGUUCGGGGGACAGAAAGAGAAAAAGAAAGACGCGAAGAGGAAGGACGCGGAGACGAAGCGACAGAAAAAGCAGAAAUCCUGCGGACUUCGGUGGCGCGCAGCCGGGAUGGCCCAGUCUGCCUCCGGGUGUCUGACGCCGCGUUUCUAGACUCACUUGGAUUAACUUUGGACACUCGGUGAGUUUGUUCCUCCGCUGUGAACUCUGACGUGUGUGAUUUUUUUUUAGUUUUUUGAUUGUUUCGCUGCUCCACUGCCUCGGACAGACGGACAGACGGACGGACGGAGGGUUUUUCGCCGCGUCCCCCCUGCGGGCGGAUUUGAGAGAAAUGAGUGAGAGGAGGCGAUCUGCCGCAGCUCUGAGCUCUAGAGCCCACGCUUUUUCCGUGGAAGCCCUGAUCGGCUCCAACAAGAAGAGGAAGCUGCGGGACUGGGAGGAGAAGGAGCUGGAGUUGUCCAUGGAGAGCCUCGCCACGGACGGAGAGGACGCGGCGCACUGCCUGGAUAUGGACCCGGACUCAGAGGCGAGCCCCGGCUCGGACGGAGAAGGUCUCGCCGAGAGGACGUCGUGCUCCUUCGGCUCCCCCGCCGACCUGGCCCCAGGCCCCUGUGAGCCGUCCCCGCCGGCCUCCAUGGAGGAGAUCCAGGUGGAGCUGCAGUGCGCGGACCUGUGGAAGCGCUUCCACGACAUCGGCACUGAGAUGAUCAUCACCAAGGCGGGCAGGAGGAUGUUUCCUGCCAUGCGAGUGAAGAUCGCAGGUCUGGACCCUCAUCAGCAGUAUUACAUCGCCAUGGACAUCGUUCCAGUGGACAACAAGAGAUACAGGUACGUCUACCACAGCUCCAAGUGGAUGGUUGCAGGAAACGCCGACUCCCCGGUUCCUCCCAGGGUUUACAUCCACCCCGACUCUCUGGCCUCAGGAGACACCUGGAUGAGGCAGGUGGUCAGCUUUGACAAGCUAAAGCUCACCAACAACGAGCUGGACGACCAGGGACACAUCAUCCUGCACUCGAUGCACAAGUACCAGCCUCGAGUUCACGUCAUCAGGAAGGACUUCAGCAGCGAACUGUCUCCAAACAAACCGGUGCCGAGCGGAGAGGGAGUCAAAACCUUCAGCUUCCCCGAGACCGUCUUCACCACCGUCACCGCCUACCAGAACCAGCAGAUCACCAGACUAAAGAUCGACCGCAACCCGUUCGCUAAAGGAUUCAGGGAUUCAGGCAGAAACAGGACCGGUCUGGAGGCCAUCAUGGAGACUUACGCUUUCUGGAGGCCUCCAGUCAGAACCCUGACAUUCGAAGACUUCACCAACAUGCAGAAACAGCAGGGCGGCAGCACAGGAACUUCUCCCACCACCUCCAGUACAGGAACUCCUUCUCCGUCCGGUGCCGCCCACCUCCUGUCUCCGUCCUGCUCCCCUCCGACCUUCCACUUGGCCCCGAACACCUUCAACGUGGGCUGCAGGGAGAGUCAGCUGUGUAACCUGGGCCUGUCCGAGUACCCGGCCUGCGCUCGCAGCAACAUGGCUGCCCUGCAGGGCUACGGCGGAUUGGCCGACGGCUCCUACGGACGCCUCCAGGCAGCGGGGGGCGCCGUGGCCUCCGCCCAGCCGUCCGAAUCCUUCCUGCCACAGAGGACUUCCUCCUUGAUCGCCGCCGGCAUGCAGGGCAGCUCCCACGCCUCGCUGACCGGCGGGGGAAGCGGCGGUGGCAGUGGGGGGAAGAUGGAAGCGUACGGUGGCCAGCUGGGCUCCUUCCCGGCCUCCCAGCUGCAGUACGUGAUGCAGGCCGGUGGCGGCUCCGGCUCCGCCUCGUCCUCCUCCUCUGGAUCUUCGCCGUCCUCUGCCCACAUGUUCGGCGGCGGCCACCACCACGUGCAGCAGGGCUCCUACAACGCCUUCUCCCUGCACAACCCCUACAACCUGUACGGAUACAACUUCCCCGCCUCCCCCCGCCUGGCCACCAGCCCCGAGAAGCCCCAGGGUGGCCUGCUCUGCUCCUCCACCCCCGCCGGGGCCUUCGCCGAGCGCCAGUACCUGUCCAACGGCAGCAUGGACACGAUGCACAUGAUCGGCAACACCAGCGGCAGCCAGCAGGGCGGCGGCGGUGCCUGCGACGGGCGUCAGUACGGCUCCUCCUCUCAGAUGUCCAUGCACAUGGUGUAGGAGCUGAAGACCCGCCGAAGAGGCUCCACGUCGACGCAGCGUCUUCACACUUCCAGGAAAAGGAUAUCAUCUCAUGUUUUUCUUUCGACAGCAUCACCGCGGGAGUCAAACUGCUAUUUAUCUUUGUAUCAGUGAAGCUGGGACAGCAGCCGACAACUCCGCUUCGGGAGGAAUUGUGAAUAUUACGGUGCAAUAGCAGCAAAAGCCUCGUCGAAGUGACUGAUUUUUUUGGAGGGGGGGGACUCAAAGGACCUCCCGCCAUCCUGCAACCAAAGAAUCUUCACUGUGAUCGAGAAGUUGUUUUUUACUUCUCGUGCCACGUAGAAAAGCUCGGUGGUUCUCGCGCUGAAGUUUUAGCUGGAAUGAAAACUGGACAAAAAAAGAAAAACUCGCUGCUCCACAGACGUCUGGUUUCUCUGGAUGCAGUGUUUUGGUUUCACCUCACGCCUCCAUCAACCGGUUUCUCCUCACAGACUGGAACGGCUUCACUAUUUUUGAGUGGAUUAAUGUUUUUAAGCAGACAUAUAUAUAUAAAUAUAUAAAUAUAAAUAAAAGAUGGCGAAUGCAAUCAAUAACGUAAGCUUAAGAAGUUGUCGUGUGAAAAGUUAUAAUUAGCAAAACAGAGUAAAGUAUGUUGUGGUGUGUAUUUAAGUGCUGAGCAGUAUAGCAGUUUUACAGGCCAAUCUGUUAUAAAAACGUGUGGAAAAAAAGGGAAAUAGCAAAGGAAUUCUUUUUUGUUUCUUUUGGAGGCAUUUUGAAAAAAAUGUAAAUAGAGGUGCCAAGCACAUAAAAACUCAAUAAACGUUUUAAUUCAUGUA